GAGAGAUGCUAGCAAGCUCCGCUAGCUGUCAUGCUAAUGCUAAUCUCUCUCUCUCUCUCUCUCUCUCUCUCUCUCUUUCGUCGCUGUUACCUGAGCGAAAACCAGCCCAUCACAUCCCUCCAGCCUUCAUCAUCACAGCGUUUUCUCUUUAUUACCUCAGCCUUUUUCCCCCCCCAAAACACCAAAAACAGGUGUGAUGUGAUGUGAUGUGGAGCUCCGCGCUCGCGCCCCAGGCUUCAACAUCCUCAUCAAUACCCAGCUCAGGAUCAGUCUCAUCAUCAGAGAUCUCAUCCCCAUGUCUCCAGCAUCGUCCGGGACAAAUCACACCAGUCCAGUUCCCCAUGACCAAGCAGAGAGAAGGAGAGAAGAGCAGAGGCCCCAGCAGCAGUCACUGAUUGAGGCACUAUGGCGCGAGUCACACUGGAAAUGCCUUCUCCUGACACUGCUCAUGUAUGGCUGUGCAAUCGCUAUGACAUGGUGCUGCCUGGCCAAGGUGACACGACUCAGCAUCAAUAAUAACCUCAAGGGCAUGUCGAUGGUGUACCAUGACAGUGCCUGCUCAGAUGGUUACGUCUAUAUCCCCGUGGCUUUUUUGCUCACGCUCUACACACUCUACUUGGUGGAGUGCUGGCACUGUUCCGUGCGCUUCAACCUGCAGUAUAAAGUGGAUUUGGAGAGUCUAGUGGAGCGGGUGCAGCAGAUGCAGCAGGCCACACCAUGCAUCUGGUGGAGGGCCAUCAGUUAUCACUAUGUGCGACGCACACGUCAUGUGACCCGCUACCGCAAUAGCGAUGCCUACAGUGCCACGCAGGUGUACCAUGAACGGGUCAACACACACACAGCCGAGGCAGAGUUCGAUUAUGGAAACUGCGGUGUGAAGGAUGUCUCCAAGCAGCUUGCAGGAAUGGAAGACUUCCCUAUCACCAAGCUCCGCUUCACCAAGUGCUUCAGCUUUGCCAACGCAGAGUCGGAGAACUCCUAUCUGACACAGAGAGCACGGUUUUUCACAGAAAAUGAGGGGCUGGAUGACUACAUGGAGGCUCGUGAGGGCAUGCACCUUAAAAAUGUGGACUUCAGGGAGCAUUUAAUGGUAAUCUCAGGCCAACUGCCAUGGUUUUUGAGGCGCUGUGUGUUUUGGUUAGCAGCGGUGCUGACGUUCUCUUGGCCCUUGCGUAUUCUGACCGAGUAUCGCACAGCAUAUCUUCACUACCACGUGGAGAAGCUGUUCGGCUUUAAUUAUUUACACUACUGCCACCACAUCUCCAGGGUGAACACAAUCGAUAGCACUGAACUAGAGUGGCACAUCCGCUCCAACCAGCAGCUGGUGCCCAGUUACUCUGAGGCUGUGUUGAUGGAUGCGAAUCUGUCUGGCCGAGACGCCUUCUCCCCCCAGAACUGUGAGCGCUGCCGUAGGGCCUUGAGUGGCUCAUCCAUUUUCUCUCGCAGCGCCCUCAGUCUUUUUUCACUAGGUCAUGCAUAUGGCAGCCUGAAUGACAGCUCUGCCCCAGAGCACCACCAGCCGUCUCCUCCAACCUAUCAGGACGCAUUGCGCUUUCCUGUGCUAAUUGUGCACCGCAGCGAUGGCUGCCUCAGCCAUGAGCAUCGCUUACUGCGUCACAACGGCUCCUGCGUGGAGACUUCCUUAUGACCCAUGCUAAUCUCAUUGAUUUGACAGGGAUUUGAAUGAAAAUUCCUUCGCAGGUACGGGGAGUACUGAAAGACUUUUAAACUUGAAGAGUGAAUGGAGCUGUCGCUGUCAUUCUAGGUUUAGUAUUAUGGAAAAAACUUCAAUUUCUGUCCUUGUAAGCAAUGCAUUACAGCAGGCUGGUGGAAUAUAUCACACAGCUAGCUUUCUGCAGUCCAGCUUAUCCUUUUUGCCAUGUUAGUUCAAGCCUUAUGUAAUAUAAGAAAGGAAUACUGUAGUCUAUAAUCUUGAAUCAGAUUUAUAGUGAUGGCAAAUAGUCAUGAAAAGAGUUUAUUUCAAAGGUAAAAAAGGUAAAAAAAAAAAAAGUCACGAUCUGAUGUUACGAUCACUAUGUUACUAUGAUGAGGUAAACUAAUCUUUAUUUUGAAAUGUAACAGCUGUGCAGUAAGAAAGAAAACUAAUGUUCCAAUUUUCAAGCAAAUGUAGCGAUAAAAAAUUUGAAGAAUAUAAGUAAGUUAAUCAUGAUGUUGUAGCCAUACUACAAAUACUAAAACAAAUGUAAAGCAGGCUGGGCAGAAGAAUGUAAUUUUUUCCUUCAAUAUUCAAUAUUUUAUAUAUACUAUUUAAUAUUGUGUAAUUAAGCUAAAAUUUGUUAACAAACACCACCGAAAUUUUUUUUAAAUUUAUUUUUACCUUAAGGUAGCCAUCUUUAUAUCAUUUGAAACAAUAUUAUGUAAUGAUAGUAUGACACAGUUUAUAUUUCCAAACAAACAUUUACUUAACUUUGAUGUUAACUACAGUAUCUCACCAACACUUAGAAAUAGAAUUUACAGAAGUAAUGGAUCUGGCUAGAUUCUUCAUUUCAGGCUUCAUUUUGGCGAUGUAAUUUCCAAUCAGCAGCAGUUAACACUACAGAAACAUCUCAUUAUCACUGAAUUAACUCUAUAGUCUCUCCCACAUUUGCUGUCACUUCUGCCCAAGCGGAGACUUUGACUUUGAUUAGACUGCACGGUUGCAACUAGAGAGUAUAUCAAUGCAAAAAAAGCUGGAUGUGUAUAAAUAUCUCCAAAGACAGAAUUUCUUCCAAACCUAUUUAUAGUGAUUUAGGCCUCACUGUAAAUUAUUUAAAACAAGCAUUAUUUUAAGCAUUUUCAAGCAUUACUACCUUUGAUUUUUUUUGUAUCCUGCAUAGUUUAUCUUUUAAAUUACAUUACAUCAUUUUUAUAUUUUUUGUAACAAAAUCAUUCCCUGUGAUAAAUGCUUCCAUUUUUUUAAAUCUGUAAUUAGUUUUUUAAAUCAGCACUAAUGCUAUAUUUUGAGGUGCUUAUGCGCUAGCCAUUUCAUUGUGCUGUGUUUUCGUGACUUGUGCAGUUGCCUGAUCGCCCAUCAAAAAAAUUGCUCUUGUGAUUUUACACUUGUGAUUCUCUUGUUUAUUGUUCUGUUGUGUGAGCCUGAACUACGGGUUUUUAAAGGUUUAAAGGUUUGCCAGACUUUGUGCUAUAUACUGUAUGUCAUUCAACUGGUUUGUAAAACUGUCUGUGUAAAAUUGUGAAUGUGUUCAAUACUAUAUUAAUUAACAGGCUUCCUAGGGCCCCCACAAUGGAGGAGCCCACAGUGGUGCUGGAGUAAAUGAGUAAACAAUAAGAAAGUAAAUAUUUCAUCUAAGCAAUUUCCCUAACAAAUGCUAUCUCUCUGUAGUGAACUACACCGCAGGGCUUUGGGUGCUGUGAGCAUGUGGAUGAGGGCAGAUGGGAUUGUGAGGAAUAGGACAGUGUCAAGUCUGAGGAACCGUAUGAAAACAUAAUAAACUACUUUCACUGGUUGCAUUGUGUCAUUUCAAGAAUGAAAUGAAUGAAGUCAAAACUGUAGGCUGUUCGUGGAGGUAGUCAUGAAGCAUGCAAAUCAAAAUUCCAUUAAGUGGUUAAUCUGGGAGAGAUGAAUCAGUAAAGUCAUAACAACCACUGCUAAUUCGUAUGUGGCAUUACACAAUCAGGGCAAAGACAGUGAUCAUCUACUAUAAUUACAGCCCACUUUGGUAAGGCCGAUAGCUGAUAUGUAGACGCUACAGGCUGUAAUUAUUUUUAAGCUGAGAAACAGUGAGAACCUGAGAGAAGAUCCAUCAGUCACCUACACAGUCCUAUUUAUAGUACAUUUAUAAGACAAGCACAGACUAAGGGGAGUGGACAUUAUAAUCGACAUUACACGUGUUAUUUGUUCAUUUCGUACCAAUGUUUCCCCAGUUUAUGUCAGCUAUUUUAUUUAUUUAUUUAUUUUUAGGGGGGAACUUCUCUCUGAUUUACUCCCUAAUUUAAUCUUAGCCAAUUCCCACUUACUAGUUAGGGUCUCUCCUAUCACACAACAGCUACCAACCCAGGAGGGUGCUUUCUCCAAGACACAUGAAGCCAGCCAAUCAUGUCUUUUCCAGCUGUUGCUCAUGCUGCAUCACAGGGUGGAGUAACACAAUAUCCAUCUAAGAGUGCCAUUUGCCC